CUCCGCCAUGGACAGUGUGAGCACAGCUCUCUUGCUCCUGAUCCUGGCUCUCCUCUGCCUCCUCCUGAACAACCUGACCAGCAGCAAGAGCCGGCUGCCCCCAGGCCCCAGACCCCUGCCCCUCCUGGGAAACCUGCUGCAGCUUCGCUCCUCCAAGGACCUGCUGACCUCCCUCACCAAGCUGAGCAAGGAGUUCGGCCCUGUGUACACCGUGUACCUGGGGCCCAGGCGGGUGGUGGUCCUCAGCGGGUACCAAGCUGUGAAGGAGGCCCUUGUGGACCAAGGGGAGGAGUUUAGUGGCCGCGGCGACUACCCUGUCUUUUUCAACUUCACGAAGGGCGAUGGUAAGCCUGCAUUGAUUGCCUUCUCCAAUGGGGACCGGUGGAAGGCCCUGAGGAAGUUCUCUCUCCAAAUCCUGCGCAACUUUGGGAUGGGGAAGAGGACCAUGGAGGAUCGGAUCCUGGAGGAGGGCAGAUUCCUGCUGGCGGAGCUUCGGAACACUGAAGGCAAGCCCUUCGACCCCACGAUUUUGCUGAGCCGCUCCGUGUCCAACAUUAUCUGCUCUGUGCUCUUCGGCAGCCGCUUUGACUACGAGGAUGAGCGCCUGCUCAACAUUGUCCAGCUCAUAAAUGACAACUUCCAAAUUAUGAGCAGCUUCUGGGGAGAGAUGUACAAUAUCUUUCCGAACCUCCUGGACUGGGUGCCCGGUCCACAUCGACGUCUUUUCCGGAACUUUGGCUGCAUGAAAAACCUUAUCGCUCUCAGCGUCCGUGACCACCAAGCCUCCCACGACCCAAAGUCUCCCCGGGACUUCAUUGAUUGCUUCCUUACCAAGAUAGCAGAAGAGAAGCAGGACCCUCUGAGCCACUUCCACAUGGAUACUCUGCUGAUGACCACACAUAAUCUGCUCUUUGGUGGUACCGAGACCGUGGGGACCACGCUGCGCCACAUCUUCCUCCUGCUCAUGAAGUACCCAAAAGUGCAAGCCCGCGUACAGAAGGAGAUCGACAAUGUGGUGGGACGGCGGCUGCCGGUGCUGGAAGACCGGACGGCCAUGCCUUAUACGGAUGCGGUGAUCCACGAGGCGCAGCGCUUCGCAGACAUCAUCCCCAUGAACCUGCCACACCGCCUCAUUCGGGACACGGUCUUUCGAGGCUUCCUGCUACCCAAGGGCACGGAUGUCAUCACCCUCCUUAAUACAGUCCACAACGACCCCAGCCAAUUUCUGACGCCGCAGGAAUUCAACCCUGAGCAUUUUCUGGAUGCCAAUCAGUCCUUCAAGAAGAGCCCUGCCUUCAUGCCCUUCUCAGCCGGACGCCGGUUGUGCCUGGGCGAGUCGCUGGCGCGCAUGGAGCUCUUUCUCUACCUAACCGCCAUCCUGCAGAGCUUCUCGCUGCAGCCGCUGGGGGCGCCCGAGGACAUCGAUCUGACCCCAAUCAGCACCGGUCUCGGCAACGUGCCGCGGCCGUUCCAGCUGUACCUGCGCGCACGCUGACGCCGUAUCCCUUCCAGACCCGCCUCUGAGCAAUGAGACCCUCCCAGAGAGGAUGCUCCGUCCGUCUUCUUGUUCCACUGUGCCCCAGCUCUCUCGUUGUCACACUCGCUUCCCUUCAGCUCAUGCCUGCAUGCCGCAUGCACAUCCCCCACUCCUACUGUCUUUACCAGGUCGGCUUCCCCAGAAGCAGGCAAAGCUAUGGGCAAGGGGAAGCGCAUCCCUGGCUUCAUCCAACUUGUUCUAUUGCGCACCUUUGGGGGAGCUUCUUAUAGCAUUUCCUAA